AUGCCCUUCCUGCAGGAAGAUCUGUACAGCGUGCCCCAGUCGGUGCUUUUCCCUGUUGACAAUCACCACGAGGUGUACCUCUGGCAAGGCUGGUGGCCCAUCGAGAACAAGAUCACUGGUUCUGCCCGCAUCUGCCCUGCCUCUGACCGGAAGAGCGCGAUGGAGACCGUGCUCCAGUACUGCAAAGAAGAGGCCUCGCCAGCAGCUCCCCGGAGCCCUAGACCCUCUUUCUCUUCUGCAUGGGACACGGAAGUUUCCAAUCAGAUCACCCUCGUGGAAGACGUCUUAGCCAAGCUCUGUAAAACCAUUUAUCUGCUGGCCGACCUCCUGGCCAGGCCACUCCCGGAGGGGGUCGAUCCUCUGAAGCUUGAGAUCUAUCUCACCGAUGAAGACUUUGAGUUUGCACUAGACAUGACAAGGAAAGAAUACAAUGCCCUGCCCUCCUGGAAGCAGGUGAACCUGAAGAAAACAGGAGGCCUGUUCUGAGUGGGGAGACGCCACAGGAACCUCGGAGUCACGUCCAAUACCAUCACACCAGGGAAAUGGAUAUAUAUUUUUGGACUGGUGGGGUU